CGCUUAGCAAAAAGAAAGGUGCGCCGAGAUGCUCCGGGAAAAAAAGAUAUGGGUCAUAGAUAGGAAAAGAUGCCAGCUUUUAGUCAUGCAGGGGUAAUUUUUUCUCUCUUAAUUUUAAUGAAGCUUUCUUGUAAAUUCGAAUUCCUUGAAACCUUGUUUUUUCUGGUUAAUUCCUAAAGAUACUCCAUCAUUUUUAUACGAGUAUUUAAUUUAAUGAGGCUUUCUUGUAAAUUCGAGUUUGGCAAAACCUUUGUCUUUUCUACUUUAUUCCUACAAAAUACUCCGUAUAAAGCUCCUGUGCGUUGUCCUCAGAUGCACGCCAUUUUUGAGCUCUCAGCUUCAUCAUCUCGUGUCUUCUUCUUAACCACUGCCCCCACCGGUAAGUACUCGUAUUCUUCUUUACUAAUUCAUACGCGUAUAUCAGCACAUGGAUAUAAAUGUAUACUCAUCUCUGUGAUCUGUUCAUACAUGUGACUGCAUGCAUACGGCAUAUAUAUGACAUAUCCUUCAGGCAUUGCUACUUUUGCCUUUAGUAGCGGCGGCCGCGCUAAAAGCAUUCGAGCUACUUUCUCUCGCUAUACAGACACCUUUAUGUAUGUAUGUCACAUAGCUUCGUGAGGUGUGCCAGUCCCUGCGCGCCGCUGAAUUUGAAAAUUUCACGACUCGUCGAUUGCUCCGAUCUCACAAGGGUGAAGUGCUGCACAAUAGAGGUGAGUCCUAGACAACUUGAAUAUCAUGUGUGAACAAACACGAAGAUGAAGUUCGGGAAGGAUUUUAAGAAACAGCAGGUGCCAGAGUGGAUAGAAGCCUAUGUGGACUAUAAUGGACUCAAAAGGAUAUUACAUGACAUUUGGCAUAUAAAAAAACUCAAGCAGCCUCCAACUCCGGUACAGCAGAAGCUUCCAUUCUACAGGGCCUUAGGCAGUCUAAACCAGGAAAGUAGUGCUGAGAAUAGUGGAGAUGUUGAGGAUCAAGUUAUAUCUGUAGAUACCGUUCAAGAAGAAAACUCCAUAGAGUUGUACUUUUCCAAGUAUCUGAAGUCUGCUGAAGGAGGAGGCCAGAAUGAGAUUACAUUCUUUAAGAAACUGGACAGUGAGCUUAACAAGGUCAAUGCCUUUUACAAGAAAAAGGUUGAAGAAGUGAAAAGUGAAGCAGCGCUGCUGAACCAACAAAUGGAUGCUUUGCUUGCAUUGCGGAUCAAGGUGAUGAAUCCAGAUUUUGAUGCAUCUGCUUCUCUACAGCGGCUUUCUGUAGAUAUUAACAAUUCAAUCCCCUCAAGAGUUAGUUCCAGAAACCGAGCUACCGAUUUGGAUACAGAGCAUAUAGCUUUGGCGCCAAGGGUGGAUCAUAGUCCAGAAAGUUUGUCCACUAAUCAUGCUGAGUACAGUUCUGCUUUAGCAAGGAACACAAAUUUAGACAAUAAGGAAACAGAUCCCAUGCAAAUCCUUGAUCAUGUAAAGAUUGUUAAUACAUGCGAAAGUCCCAUGUCUACAAUACGAGGGGUUUUGAGAGAUUCCAAAGAAAAUGAUUUGAGGUUCAAGAAAGAGGAACUAAAGAAGGUUGAUCAAAGGUUGAAAAUGGCCUUUAUUGAGUUCUAUCGAAAGCUCCGCCUCCUAAAGAACUUCAGCUAUACGAACCUGUCAGCUUUCUCCAAGAUCCUGAAGAAGUAUGAAAAGAUUACAUCAAGAAGAGCUGCACGGUCAUACAUGAGAAUGGUGGAGAACUCUUAUCUCGGAAGCUCUGAUGAGGUUUGUGGUCUCCUAGAUAGCGCCGAGUCUACUUUCAUCAAACAUUUUUCGAAUUCUAACAGAAGAAAGGGCAUGAAAAAGUUGCGGCCAAUGCCAAAACCUGAAAAGCAUCGUGUGACAUUUUUUUCAGGUUUCUUUUCCGGAUGCUCAAUUGCUUUGUUGGUUGCUGUCACUCUGCUAAGAGAUACUAGAAAGUUGAUGGAGGGUGAUUCCUCUUAUCUGGACAACAUAUUUCCACUUUAUAGUUUCUACGCAUAUAUUGUGCUGCAUAUGCUUCUAUAUGCUGCAAACUUAUAUUUCUGGAGGCACUACAAAAUCAACUAUGCUUUUAUAUUUGGUUUCAAGCAAGGGACAGAAUUGAGCUAUCGGGAAGUCUUUCUCCUUAGCAACGGUCUAGCUAUGCUUGUCCUUGGCACCUUUUUGGCUCAUGUGCACAUGAACAUCGAAUCACGAAGUGAAAAAUAUAACAGAUAUCUUGAGUUUAUCCCAUUAGGAUUGGUCGUUGUUCUUUUUAUACUACUGUUCUGUCCCUUCAACAUUAUCUAUCGAUCAAGUCGUUUCUUCCUCAUUAGAACUGUUUCUCAUCGUGUCUGUGCUCCUCUCUACAAAGUCACUCUUCCAGACUUCUUUCUGACAGACCAAUUGACAAGCCAGGUAGAAGCUAUAAGGACUUUGGAGUACUAUGUCUGCUACUAUGGAUGGCACAAUCCCAAAGAGAGACAAAACAAAUGUCAUGGUCACGACAUGUAUGAUGUGUUUUAUUUCAUCCUCGCAUUUUUCCCGUACUGGUUUCGGUUCCUCCAGUGUAUUCGUCGGCUGUUUGAAGAGAAUGACAUUGCACAUUUGUAUAAUGGGUUAAGGUACUUCUUGACAAUUGUGGCAGUAGCUGUUAGAACAGCUUUUGAACUGAAAGGGAGCUUAAGCUGGAAAGUCUUGGCUAUACUAAUGUCUGUUCUAGCAACCUUAUUGAACACAUAUUGGGAUAUCGUUGUAGACUGGGGUCUCCUGCGAAGGAAAUCAAGAAAUGUUUUUCUACGGAAUAAACUCAUUGUUUCUCAUGCAAGCGUUUAUUUUACAGCUAUGGUCUUGGACGUUGCGCUUAGAUUUGCAUGGCUCCAGGUCGUGCUAAAAUUUAAUGUGGCUUCUUUGCGCGGGAAUAGAAUAUCAAGCAUAUUUUCCUGCCUGGAAAUUCUUCGUCGUGGCAUGUGGAACUUUUUCAGGUUGGAGAAUGAGCACCUAAACAAUGUUGGGAAGUAUCGCGCUUUCAAGUCUGUGCCUCUUCCCUUUAGUUACCAUGAUGAGGAUGGAGAUAAGGAUGAAUAGCUUGUUUGCAAUGUUCUUUUCGGGGGGGGGGGGGGGGGGGGGGGGGCUAAUCGCAUCACUAUGUCUUAUGUUGGAAAUAGUGGAGGUAAGCUAGCUCAAGUUUAAAUGCAUCGAUGCCAAUAAGGCAGGUAUAUAAAUACAAAUGCAGGUGUAUAUGAACCUUUUAGCAGAAGAACCAACUGUAAAAUACCUAACAAGGAGAGAAAAUGGGAUAGUUCAACAAAAAAACUGAUCUGGGUGAAAACCUGCACUAUUUGUCCACCAUCACUAUAUUGUUUCUUUCCCCAAAUUUUCAAUGAAAAUUCUAUGCUACUUUUCGUAUAA